AUGAAGGAAACCCAAGUAACAGAAUCAUGGAACCAUAUUUUCAUCUUUGUAGUGCAUCCCAUCAUCAUCAUCAUUGUCUUCUUGUACUCCAUCAAUUUAACCAUUUGUGAUUCAAUUAGUGCCCCUUCAGAUACAAUCCUCCUUGAUUGCGGUUCCUCUGGAGAAUCAUCAUAUAACGGAGCACGAUGGAUAGGUGACAUUGGGUCUAGUUUCUUGCUUCCAAAAUAUAGCAAAAGUUCUUCUACUCUCUCGGUUUUGAACCAAUAUCACAAAAGAGUGCCAAAAAUACCAUACUCAACAACAAGAAUAAUUCAUUCACCUCUCAACUACACUUUCUCCUUCACCCCGAGCCUCAAAUUCAUUCGUAUAUACUUUCUAUCAGCUUCAUAUUUAAAUAUGAAUCCUUCUAAAGCCUAUUUUUCGGUCAAAGCAGGUUGUUACACUCUUUUAAGUAGUUUUAGUCCUUUUGUUGCUUCACAAGAACUCAACUUAGCUUAUUUCACUAAGGAUUUCUUGGUCAAUGUUGUGGAAGAGAAACUAAACAUAACCAUCAUUCCUUCUUCUCUAAUUUCCAAUGCAUUUGCUUUUGUAAAUGGCAUUGAGAUAUUCUCAGUGCCCUCUACUAUAUAUUUUCCAGUUUCCAAUUUUCAUGUUCCUUACCUUGGGCACCAAGAAUUAAAUAUAAGUGAUCAUCAAUAUGCUCUUGAAAUGCUCUACCGGGUUUCUAUCCAUGAAGUUGAAAAUGUAUUUGGGGCAUGGGUAGAAGAUUCAGGCUACUUAUAUAGUUCACUUCAUGGAAGUGUUCUUGACAGUAGAAUUCGACCUCUUUCGAUUACUUACAACACUUCCACUUCAUUUGAUUUCAAUUAUUCGGCUCCAGAAGAACUAUAUUGGAUUGCCAGAACAAUGGGAAGCAACCAAGAUGCCAACAUGGAGUACAAUUUAACAUGGUCGUUUCCUGUUGAUUCUGGAUUCAAAUACCUUGUUAGGCUUCAUUUCUGUGAGAUCUCCAUGGAGGUAACUAAGGUCAACCAAAGGGUGUUCAAGGUGUAUAUCAACAACCAAACAGCAGAGGAGAGAAUGGAUUUGGUUGCUUUGGUUGGUGCACCAUUUGUUGCCUUCUACAAAGACUAUGUUGUUAUGGUUCCUAGGGAAAGCGAGAGGAGGAGAAAUAUGUCGAUUGCGCUUCACCCAAACAUAGCAUCAAAACCCAAGUUUGCUGAUGCCAUCUUGAAUGGCAUAGAGAUCAUCAAGUUAAGUGACAGUAAUUUUAAUCUUGCAGUUAGUUUCCCAUUGAAAGAGGAACACCAAAAGAAGAAGAGGAAAGCUCCACUUGUGAUUGUUCUUGCUUGUACUUCAGCCGUUGCUUUUGCAUUGUUUAUUGCUAUUUAUGUUCUUAUCCAUCAAUCUUGUAAGAAACAAAACAGGGAAAAUCUUCAAGUACUCUCUUUGAAUGCUACUAGAGAAAAUUACAAAAAUAUGCAAGUAAAAAUGACCUCAGGUCAUCAGUGCUCUCAAUUCACAUUAGCAGAGAUUAACAUAGCCACUGACAACUUCAAGGAAGAUCAAGUGAUUGGGGAGGGAGGCUUUGGAAAGGUGUACAAAGGCAUAAUAAAUGAUGGAGUCACUCCUUGCGCUAUAAAGCGAUGCAAAAAAGAACCAGCCACUUUCAUGGAAUCAGAGACUGAAGAUUUGUGUUGGCGCGGCACGAGGACUACAUUAUUUGCAUACUGGCACAAGGCAGUCAAUCAUUCAUCGCGAUAUCAAGUCAGCCAACAUAUUGCUGGAUCAUCACUUGGUGCCUAAGAUUUCUGAUUUCGGGUUAUCAAGAAUCAUUCCCUUCUCUUCCCACACACAUGUUACCACUGAGGUGAAGGGUACUUUUGGAUACUUAGAUCCAGAGUACUACAAGAGGAGAAAAUUGACUGAAAAAUCUGAUGUCUAUUCAUUCGGCGUGGUUUUGUUCGAGGUGUUGUGUGGAAGACCAGCAGUGAAACGUGUCGAAGUAGAAGAGCAAAGUGAGAAGGUUAGU